UGCCUCCAGUGGGUGCCAAAGCGAUCCACCUCUCGCUUCGACCGUGAGCAAUUAGGAUUUGAGAGAGGGUAGUAGCUCGCUUAUACGGAACCCACGCGGACGUCUUCAACGUGGCUAAGCAUUGCGUGGCGUGGGGGAAAUUUUUAUGCGCGGACAUCUGUGAGUCAAACAGGUAGCGUGUGAUGCUACGCAGUUGGACGUGACCGAUUUGUUCCUUUCUCUCUUUUGCCGUUGUCUCAGUCGUUUACGUUAUUGCAAGGGGAAUCCUGUGGAACUUCAGGUUUCUUGCAAAAUUGUUUGAACGAUUCAAUAGCUUUGUGGCCAACAAGAUAAGUUUUUAUUCUGCUUUAGUGUUUAUGGAUAUUGUGUCGUCGUCAGAGUCCAUCUAAGUUGCAGUCUGAAAAAGGAACUUAAAAAGAGGAGUUAGCAAAGACAUUGGUGACCUGUUUCCGUGGUGUUGAGUACGUGUAUCCCAGCCCUUGGAUAGCUACAACAGACUGAGUUUGAAGUUCAACGAAUCGAUAUUUAUUCUGCUGAGAUCACUUCCAUUAGGUGCCACAAGUCAGCUCGUCUUGCUUGUGUCCUCAAAACAAAUCACCAAUGGAGUACUUGGACGUUUGUAGUGCCUGUGCCUCAAAGUUCCUCUCUUGUGGAGUGCGGGACGUGACACAGCGAGCCCUGUGUCUGGUGUUUGUGCUCUCUAUUCUGUUACACGGUCAAGCCGUGAGGUCCGCCACAGCCGAAGACGAUGAGCCACAGGUCACAAUCACCCACAGAAUUAACGAAAACAAAGACGCAGAGCUCAUCUGUACGGUUAAAGAUCUCGGCUCCAGGCGGAUAAUAUGGAGCAAGUUAUCCGACCCGUAUCCUAUCUCGAUCGGGACCACUCGCUUCAUGCCCAACAAGAGAUACCGUGUUGAAGGAAAGUCCAGAGAGGCCGUCAUGUUGACCAUCAAACGAGUGACCUUCCAAGACGCUGGGGAGUACCAGUGCCGGGUCAGUGGCUUGGAGUAUCUUGCAGAGAUAAUCUCUUUAAACAUUCCCUCAGGCUCAGACAGCACUCGUCUAGUCCCCACAGAGACGGAGGUUAUGGCAGAAGUUGGAGACACCGUGCUGCUGCCUUGUCACGUGGAGAACUUGAACACCAGAUUGGUGUUGUGGAAAGAUGACAGAAACGAGGUAGUCAGCCUGAGGAAAAAGAUUUACAACGGUGACCGCCGCUUUGACGUGGUUCACGGCUCCAGAACCGAGUGGAGUCUUCAGCUCCGAGAUGUCAAACCCUCCGACUUCGGUCAUUACACGUGCAUCGUCAAUUCACGUCCCGUACUGACCCGUACUGUCGCUCUGAAAAAUUCAGCGCCUGUCGAGAUGGCUCCUGUUCUAAAGCGAGACACCAACUACCGCAUGAAGGUGGAGGCUGACCCUGGUGAAACAGUGACCUUGACCUGUAACUUCCGGGCCAAUCCUCCUGCUACAGUCACGUGGUAUAAAAGAGAAGUGGUUGGCGGCAAAAACACAAAUCAGAUUCCUCCUACCACGGUGCCACCGACAACAGUGCCCACAACAUUCGUCCCAACUGGUCCAAGCUCCCCCCACCUGUACCAUCACGGAAAGGUCACCAAGCAGAGACGAGGCAGCAAUGUCGAGAUCCAGUGUACCGCCAUUGGUCAACCACGCCCACAAAUCCAUUGGAGGCGACAUGGGCACAGAAGAGGCGUAGGGGCAUUAUGUCCCUGAUCCUGACAAAGGAGAGAGUAUACAGUAGACGUCCAGAAAGCCAAGAACGAGUGUAUAUAAUACGUUGACGUUUUUAAGUAAUCAAAUGUUGUUUUAUUCAUUUGUGUAUUUUCUAUCUCACUAUUGUCUGCACUCUUUUUUCUUAGUAAGGGCCAAACUAAAGUUGCUGAAAAGUACAACGUUCUCACUCUUAGUUUCUUGCACUUUUGUCAUGUAGAAGCUGAAAAGCCGCAACGUUCUGACUACAGAAAAAUUCCAAAAUCUACUUCUAAAACAGUAGACACGAUGAAAUAAAUAGAAAUUUGAAAAGUAGUUAUAUUUUGUAUUAGUCAUUGUCACCACAUGUUUCUCAUGCACUGCAUAAUUCACUGUCUUAUAUGUCAUACAUGGAUCUCAUUAUAUUUGUGAAUUGUAAGUGUAAUCAUAAUUAAAACAUCGGUGUAAUAAAAUGACACUUGCAAA